UAAGUCUCCAGCCCAGAACCAUUCUAUCCACAGCACAAACAAAUCAAUAGCCAAACCAUUUUCUCUUCCCAUCCUCAGACUCAUCUCUGAAGAAUGUUGGGGAAAAAGAUGGUUUCCUUCAAGAAGCUGGCGAAGAAGGUGACGGUUAGGGGAGGAUCAGGCGAAAGCAAGAAGUCACAGAACGAAUGUUUGCUGGGAGAACAUGAGGAAAUGGCUUCUUCUUUGGCCUCAACACCAACAGGGUUUUUUGCAGUUUACGUGGGGGAGGAAAGAGAGAGGUUUGUGGUGCCAAGUGGGUAUCUUUCUCAUCCACUCUUCAAGAUGUUGCUGGAGAAAUCUUGUAAUGAAUUUGGUUUUGAACAAAGCAGUGGCUUAGUGGUGCCAUGCACUGUGUCUGCAUUUCAAGAGAUUGUGAAUGCUGUUGAAUGCUGCAACGGGAGGUUUCAGUUUGGAAAACUAGUAGAAGAGCUUAUUUGAUUAGAAUUGAUUAAAUAUUGCUGAAAUGGAGAAUUAAUGUAUUGUUAUUCUCUGUAAUUGAAUUUCACUAAUUUUUAUUUAGGAUGUGUAUUGUUGUUAGUUUAAUACAUAUACUUGGCUCAUCACCAAUUGUUUGAGCUAAUUCUUGCAAAUAGAAAAACUUCUUGUUUCUUUUUUUCAUAUUUGAAGAAUUUUAAAUUUUGGCAUCUCUCCUGCCGCAAAGGGGGCCUG